CCCAGCCGAAAACGGGGAGGGGGAGGGGCCGGGGCGGGCCGCCUCCCUGUCGCCCCCGCAGGCAGCCUGGAGGCGAGUGGCUCAAGCUGAGCUUAAAAACAGGGACGGCCACCCCCACCCCCCCUGCCAUUGGUUCCAGGGAGAGGUUGACAUCAAAGCCGUGGCCUUAUAUAAGCCAGACCCUGCAGGGGAGGCCGCAGAAGGGUUAAACAGGUCUCUCCACGCCGCGUCAGUAUCUGCAGCCUCAGCUCGUGGCACAGGCACGGAAGCGGCAGGCUGUCUGGCCCGGACCCUCCCGGAGCCCGUGCACCCACCGCCGUCUGGGACUCCCCGGAGCCCACGCACCCACGGGAGCGCCGCCGCGAGCUCACGGGUGGCCUCGGUCGCCUCGGGAGUGCAUGGGGCGGCGCUAAGGGGACCGGCGGUGCAGACCAGGUGGCCGCUCCACCAUGAACCUCGUGGGCAGCUACUCGCACCAUCACCACCACCACCACCACCCGCACCCCGCGCACCCGGUGCUCCACGAGCCCUUCCUCUUCGGCCCGGCCUCGCGCUGCCACCAGGAGCGGCCCUACUUCCAGAGCUGGCUGCUGGGUCCCCCUGACGCCGCUCCGGACUUCCCCACCGGCGGGCCGCCACCCACCGCAGCGGCGGCCUCUGCCGCCUACAUCCCGGACGCCCGGCCCGGCCAGAGCCCGGGGAGCCUGGAGGCGCUCGGCGGCCGCCUGGGCCGGCGGAAAGGCUCGGGACCCAAGAAGGAGCGGAAGCGCACCGAGAGCAUCAAUAGCGCGUUCGCGGAGCUGCGCGAGUGCAUCCCCAACGUGCCGGCCGACACCAAGCUCUCCAAGAUCAAGACCCUGCGCCUGGCCACCAGCUACAUCGCCUAUCUGAUGGACGUGCUGGCCAAGGACGCACAGGCCGGUGACCCCGAGGCCUUCAAGGCUGAAAUCAAGAAGGUGGAUGGCGGGCGCGAGAGCAAGCGGAAAAGGGAGCUGCAGCACGAAGGCUUUCCUCCUGCCCUGGGCCCAGGCGAGAAGAGGAUUAAAGGGCGCACAGGCUGGCCGCAGCAAGUCUGGGCGCUGGAGUUAAACCAGUGAGCCGAGGCCCGCGCGGAGGACCUCACCACCGCGGCCGACCCCGGAGGCCCGGGAGGAGAGGAGGGCAAAGAGUGCCAGGCUCUGGGACCCGGGCCUUAUGGGGCGCGUCCUGCCGAGCCUCUGCUGUGUGCCGGCAGGUCGUCGGCUGCAACAACACACUUGGAUCGCACGUGCAAUGUCAUUUGAAAUUGUUUUUAAUACAGUAAGAGAAAGAGAAAUAUAUAUAUCCACCCCUAUAACCAGGAGGGCGGCUCUUGGCAGCACUGUGUCGGGAGGGAGAGACUGCGGGACUCCGGACAGACGAGCGGCUAAGAUGCACCCCUGCAACCCUUCUGGGGCGAAUUUGGAACCCCCAGCACCUUCCCCACCGAGCUAUCUGGCUCUCUUUCUAAUGCACUCUGGUUCCAAUCAAAACCCUGGAGUGCUCAAUUCCCUAAUUAAAAUGCAAUAAGUGGAAUCAAUAGUUUACUGCCAAGAACGGAGAACCAGAUCGUGAAGACGGAGGGCUGCCUUUUGUUGUUGAUCUCCCUCAAACAGUGGUGAUUUUAUUUUUUACUUUUGUCGCUGCACUUCCUACUUAGUUCCAAGGGAAACACAUUUCCCCCCUUCCUCCUCUCCUUUCUUUUCUCCUUUUUUCUUCUUCUUUCUUCUUCCUUCCUUCCUCCCCCUGGCUCCUUCCCCUCCCUUCAUUUGUAAAUAAAAGCUUUUCCCAAUGUUGAAAAGUUUUUAUGUAUUUAAACUACCUACGAUGCCUGCUGUGCUCAGGUGUUUGUCUAUUCCCCUACCCCACCCUUUUUCUACCUCAAAUCUAUAUGACCACUCACCGCCCUCUCCCUUCGCCAAAGCAGUAUCUACGCUCUUGACUAAUAAAACAUUUUCUGAAAUCGGA